GGUAGUGGUAUCGAGACGAGCGAGCACAACUUCCACGGACAGGAUAUUAUUUGGUCCUGACACGGUUGGAGGAGGUACGGGUGGCGUUGAAAGAACCCGAGCAGCAGCUUCAAGUUCUGCACAGCAUACCAUCUCCUGGGUCACGUCGGAGUCCUCGCAUCUCGCAAGAAACGUAAACGGCCGCUUUUGCGUCGAGGAGAACUCGUUCGUGAAGGACACAAUUUCAUCCACUGAAAGCAGUGGUUUCUAUAAUGAUUCUGCAACCUCCACUUCUAACGGAACUCCUGCAGCAUCUUCCGACCAUAUCAUGGC